AUGAAGGGAACAAUUGAUUCAUAAGGUGGUAAAGUAAUAUUAUUGAAUAAAAGUAGAAUAGUAAGAGAUAAUUAGAGAUGGAAAGAUUAGUUUAGAAACCUGAAAUAGGAUUAGCCACUUUAGGUUAAAUGUUUAAAAACUAUUCAUAAUAGUUAGGAGGAUUGGAAGAUGGUAAGUAAAUUAAUCAAAUAUUAUAGGCAAGAUAACAAAGUUGUAAUUUCGAAAGUUCUUAAUAAUAGAAUAGAUAUGUUUUAUAUUCAAUUCCAUAGGACUAGUAUUAAGUGUAUUAUAAUAUGAUCUUGAAUUUGAAGAAGAAAAUAAGAUAUCAAUUUGGUUGUUAUGGAUGAUUUUAAUAUCUACUAUAAUGUUAUUGUGUUUUACAGUUUUAAGAUAUGAAUAACAUAUGAAUUGGUUGAAAUCUAGGAAUAUGAUAAGUCAUAAAGAUAGAUUAUGGUAAACAGAUUAAUGGUAACCAUUAUUAAUAGAAUUAACAAUAUAUUUAAUUAUCCCAUAUCCAUUCUUAAGAGGGAUAAGAGUGUAUUUUUCCACUUAUUUUUAAGAAACUUAAUCAUAUUAUCAUAUAAAUGAAAUUCUAGAAUUGUUUAUGUUAUCAAGAACAGUAUUUCUUUUUAGAAGUCUUUUGGCUUAAACAUUUUGGUAUAGUAACAGAACUUAGAGAGUAUGCAAUUUAUAUGCAUGUGAAGGUAAUUAUAUGUUUGUGGCUAAAUCUUUAAUGAGAACAUCUCCAUAUACAGCUUAAUUCAUAGCUUUGACAUCUUUAAUAUGUAUAUUUGCAUAAGGUGUGAGAAUUAGUGAGAAUCCUUUAACUAGAAAUGAUCCUAAUAAUAAUAAUUUAGGUAAAUAUGAUAAUGCUGUAUGGAAUAUUAUUAUAUCUAUAACAACAGUUGGAUAUGGUGAUUUUUAUACUAGAACUGAUUUAGGUAGAUUUGUAAUAUUUAUUGUAUGUGUACUUGGAAUUUUUGUUAUUUCUAUUAUGGUAGUUACAUUGAUUACUUCUUUAGAGACUUCAACUUUGGAAUCUCAUGCAAUAACUGUUUUAGAGAGAAUUUAACUAAGAGAAUUAAUGGUCAAAUCAGCUUCAAUGGUAAUUUUGUACUCAUUAAGAAUAGUAGUUGCAUUAAAGUAUAAAUUUAUUUAUUAUAAGUAAAAUAGAAAAGGGAAUUUGACUAAAUUUCAAUUCAAAUAAUUGAUUCUGAAUUUAAGAUAUAAUUUAAAUGAAUUUAAAAUAAAUAGAAGAUAAUAUAGAAAUAAAUAAGAUGUUGGUAAUAUGAAUGAAGAAAUUACUAAUCAAUUUAGUUUAUUAAGAUCUGAUUUUACUGGAGCAAUAGAAAAAUAAAAAUCUAUAUUUAUUUAAAAUGCAGAUAUUAUGAAUAAAUUAGGAUUAGAAACUAAAUAAUUUCAAUUGUGA